CAUCCUGUAGAUGGAGCGACGUAUUUGUCACACACAGAAAGCGAGACAGAGAGAGAGAGAGAGAGAGAGAGAGAGAGAGAGAGAGAGAGAGAGAGAGAGAGAGAUAGGGAGAGUAUUCCCAAGUCCACCCCACCAUCUCAUCCCACUUCUUCUGAGCUUUUCAGGGAUGAAACACGCGCGUGUGAACAUGGGAAACACAGUGUGAGUAAUCUGAGCUCGCCGAGUGUGGGAAAGCAGCACAGAGACGGCAUCACGCAGACAUUCCUCAACUUUCCCAGCAGGGAGACCUCAGAAAAAAACAACCCAGAGCACAUCUGCAGGAGCGAGGGGGAGGAAACAAGACCUCAGAAAGAAAUCCCAGAGAUUUUGAGCAAGCGUGUGAUGGCCUUGGAGGUCCAGCGUCCAGCAUUAAGAGCGAGCCCAGACUCUGAAGAAGAGGGAUAGAGACUACCUAACGACACAAGAAUGAGUGGCGAUGUCCUCUAGCUAAGCGUCUCUCAGCGUUAGCGUAGGGUUUUUGGGGGGGGCGUAUGGCCGUGCGCAGACUGGUGGAGUUGGCGGCGGCGGUUGCCCUGCUAUCUCUGGUGCUCAAUAGCGUGGCGACGUUCAGCUCCGGCUGGGUGCUGCAGGUGCUGGACGACGGACGGCGUCGCAGCGUUGGGCUCUGGAGAGCAUGUGUGCAGGAGGAUACACACACUCAUGAACUCACAGCCUGCCAGAGACUGAGCUGGGGAUCAGAGCUGGCGGGGUACCAGGAGUCUCGCAGCACAGUCAAACGUGAGU